UCGAUGACUCCGAUGGUUCCUGACUGAGAGUGGAGACUCUGACGGGGAGAAAUGGCGAGAAUGGUUAACGAGAACGGGUGCGUAGAGGAAAAUCAGAGCCCGGACCCGCAAGGACCGGGUCGAGGGGCGGCUAGAUGGGGUCCACAACACGCCGGGGCUAGGGAACUGGCCACUCUGUACUCGCCAGGUAAAAGAUUCCAAGAAUGGAUUAGUGUCGUCUUCUGCUUCUCUCUCAUGGCCUUCAAUUUCAUUCACCUCCUUGCCAAUUUCAACGUGGGGCAUUUGUGGCACAUCCCAUUGGGCACUGUUGCAGGAAUACUCACAGCAGACUUUGCAUCAGGACUUGUUCACUGGGCCGCUGAUACGUGGGGAUCAGUGGAUCUACCCAUCUUUGGAAAGGCCUUCAUACGACCAUUCAGAGAGCACCAUAUCGACCCCACAGCCAUUACCCGCCACGACUUCAUCGAGACCAACGGGGACAAUUGCAUGCUGACCAUCGUCCCUCUGGCAAACAUGGCCUUCAACUUCCUCACCCUCAGCCCUGCGGAGAUUUACCACGUCUACCCAUGGUACUGCUUCUUGUUUGCCCUCGCCAUCUUUGUGACGCUCACCAACCAGAUCCACAAGUGGUCGCACACGUAUUUUGGCCUUCCUGGUUGGGUUGUGUUGCUGCAGGACUGCCACGUCAUCCUUCCUCGCAAGCACCAUCGCAUCCACCACGUCUCCCCCCAUGAGACAUACUUCUGCAUCACUACAGGUUGGUUGAACUACCCACUGGAGAAGCUGGGCUUCUGGAGGAGCCUGGAGGAUCUCAUCCAGGGUGUGACGGGAGAGAAGCCCAGAGCGGACGACCUGAAAUGGGCUCAAAAAGUCAAGUAACGCUGCGGGCUAAUUGCACCCUACCUCAGAAUAUGCUGGCUCUGUCCAGGCUUCUCACACCCCCCCCCCCCCCCA